GGGAAGACGACAGAAGUAACAAAUGGAUAUAAUUUUAAACGGGAAAACAGCACAUUUCCAAUCAACAUAUUCGAUCUGCGGUGGCGUUGUUCAGAUGAUUGCCAAUAUGAUUGUAUGUGGUAUGUAGUCGACAGCUUUGCUGCUAAAGGAUGGCCUCCUCCGCAAUUCCAUGGAAAGUGGCCGUUUGUGCGAUGGCUUGGCCUCCAAGAGCCGGCUUCUGUGAUAUUUUCGCUGAUGAAUCUCGCCGUUCACCUCGUGAUGCUGCACCAAUUCCGUAGUCGAGUGCGACCUGGGGGACCAAUGUACAAAUUGUGGUAUUUCUAUUUUGUUGUGUGUGCUAAUGCAUGGAUUUGGUCAGCAAUUUUCCAUAGUCGAGACUUGCCAUUCACAGAAUGCAUGGACUACUUAUCGGCUUUCUGUAUGGUGUUCUAUUCUUUGUAUGGUAUGUUAAUGAGGAUGCUGAUUGGUGCACCAUUCAUGAUAUCAUUGCUUCUGACGUUGGUCUUCUUAUCCUUCCUUCUCAAUCACGCUGCAUAUCUCAUUUUGGAUCAGUUGGAUUAUCAUUACAAUAUGACUGCCAACAUUGUGAUAGGUUUUAUAUCUGCCGCCUGCUCAGCUAUGUGGUGCAUUUUGAAUUGGAAGAGACACUCACAUAGUCGCAAUCUAGCUGUGUGCCUGACAUGGGGCAUUCUCACCACACUUCUUGAGAUAUCCGACUUCCCACCUAUAGCGUGGACAUUUGAUGCUCAUGCGCUCUGGCAUUUAUCUACCACUCCAGUUCCAUACUUUUUCUGGAGUUUUGUAAUAGAAGACUGCAAGUACCUGCGGAAGACUUACAUGAAGGAGAGGUGACCGGGACUGAGCUGGCUGUUCUACCGGGUGGUGCGGCGCCGACCGAGUCGUACGACAGGCAGUCGGUCGCAGACGCAUCAGCUGCACCAGCAGACGUGUGCGGUCAGUUAGCUGUUGGUUUGCCAGCGCUGCAGCCUUCUCUGGCCCACCGCCACUGCCACCGGCCAGCGGUAUGCCUUGGCACCAGCGGCUGGCUUAUGAGCCCAACCAACCCCAAUUUGGUUCACUUUUCAUGCAUCCAUCUAGACAUUUAUAGUGCAUUUAUAAUAAAUACCGGGUGAGCAUAAAUUACCCUAUCCACUUCAUAGGUGAACAAAGCUAUA